CAAGCUUGACUGACGUUUCGGUAUAAUGCAUAAGAUUAUGAAACCAUUGUGUAUCUGACAUCUUUCAUAUAUCCACGCUUAUCUUUUCUUUUUUGAAGAAAUCCAUGGAAGCUAUUACCUCAGAAAUUCUCAUUUCUUUCUUUUUUCUAUCUGUCAUGGCAUUCUUACAAGGGAUUGAAGCAUCUCAAAAUGCUUGCACAGAAUCCAUGUGUUCUGAUAAUGCCCCGGCUAUCCACGUCCCAUUCCGCCUCAGAUAUCAUGACCAGUCUACAGUUCUUGAUGAGCAGCAGAGUGUACUAGCAAAAUUCUAUGUCAAACACAUUGAUUAUAUCCAUCAAAGCAUCGAAGUACACUCUAGCAACCCCUAUGUCGACUGCCUGUUGCUAAAGCCUUUCGAAAUGCCAAUUUUCCCCUUCUCCUUGUACGUCUCAGAAAUGAAUUACUUAGAUAACUUUACCUUGUUACGUUGUCCUACUGAAUUUGAAAUAGAUACAUGGGGCGAAGUCCGGUGCCUUAGUCACUCAGCUGCCUACAGAAUUAAGAUCUUUUAUUCUGACUAUUCAGUAGUCGAUGAGGCACCGUUCAUACAGUCUUGUACAAAGAUGUAUGAUGUUCUAUCAUUUCCAUCCGACGGUACAAGCUACUUAUAUUUCAAUUGGUCAACACCAAAUUGUACAGAAUGUGAAGCAAGGGGUAAGAGGUGUAGAUUCAACAGCAAUGGCACCAAAAGUGGAAUUGAAUGUACUGACUUGGGAAAACUAAGCACAACAAGAACAAACUUCGAGGCUACAGGUACAAUGCUGCUGUUCGUGAUUCUGUUACUAAUGCCUUUUUCGGUCUUCUGUGUCUACGGCUGGGAUAUCAAGGAAAAGGAAAAUCAGUUACGAAUUGAAAGGUUUUUAGAGGAUUACAAAGCUCUCAAGCCAAGUAGAUAUUCUUAUGCGGAUAUUAAGAGAAUUACAAAUCAUUUCAAGCACAAGAUCGGUGAAGGAGCCUAUGGAACUGUUUUCAAAGGAAAACUUUCUUCGGAAGUCUUUGUUGCUGUAAAAGUCCUUAACAAUUCAAAGGGGGACGGAGAAGAGUUCAUAAAUGAAGUGGGAACAAUGGGUCGUAUCCACCAUGUCAAUGUGGUUCGCUUGGUUGGCUUCUGCGCUGAUGGAUUUAGACGCGCUCUGGUGUACGAGUUCUCGCCCAAUGGCGCACUACAUGAAUUCAUUUCCUCAGCAGAUAAUAAGAAUGGUUUUCUUGGUUGGAAUAAGUAUCUAGAUAUUUCUAUAGGAAUAGCAAAAGGAAUUGAAUAUCUACACCAAGGAUGCGAUCAACGAAUUCUCCAUUUCGACAUCAAACCCCACAAUGUUUUGCUUGACCAUAACUUGACUCCGAAAAUUUCUGAUUUUGGUUUGUCAAAGUUAUGUGCCAAGGAUCAAAGUAUAGUGUCAAUGACUACUGCUAGGGGGACAAUUGGAUACAUUGCACCGGAAGUGUUCUCCAGGAAUUUCGGGAAUGUAUCUUAUAAGUCAGAUGUCUAUAGUUUUGGAAUGUUGUUGCUUGAGAUUGUAGGGGGGAGGAACAAUAAGGGUGCAGAUCAGGACUCCAGUAAUGACGUUUACUACCCAGAAUGGAUUUACAAUCUUCUAGAAGGAGGAGAAGAUGUACGAGUCCGAAUUGAGGAGGAAGGAGAUGCUAGAAUUGCAAAGAAACUUGCAGUUGUUGGGCUUUGGUGCAUCCAAUGGCACCCGGUGGACCGUCCAUCCAUGAAACUAGUUGUCCAAAUGUUGGAAGGAAGAGAAAAUUUAGAAAUGCCUCCCAAUCCUUUUGGCUCUACAGAUCAUACAAGAACAUAUGCAAACCUCCCAACUGCUAGACGCUUCAACCUUGAGUUAGAAGCAAUUGUUGAAUUAGAAUAACAUGUACUUAUGCACUCAAAAAUAAAUGUACAAUUAUAAAAGAAUGUUUACCAUAUUAGUGUUGCUAUUAUUCAAUUUCU